ACGACUUUCGAAGAAAAGCACAAAGUCAAAAUAGAGGAAUUUCGUUAGUUUGAAAGCAAUUUCGAUGCUAAUGCCAGAAUAUUCAAGUGAUUCAGAAGAUCAAGAUGCUAGCCUAAAUACAUCAGGAUCCGUUUCUUCUUUAGCAAUCAAUGCAACACCAGCAGUCAUUGAAACUUCAAACAAUAGAGACCUUAUAAGUCGUUCAAAAAGCAAUUUUAAAGAAUUGUCUCAUAAUGUUCCAAUUGAGAAGAUGCACAAGCCGCUAUAUGGCCCAGCCAAUCCAUACUUGACGAAAAAUCAAGACUCUCAGAAAAAUACAAUUACAGGCUACGUUGAGCGUGAGAAUGUCUCAAACGCUGUUUUCAACCAGGAAUUUAACUCUUACGGCAAAAGGAAAACUCAAAAUGGGGAGUCUGAAGGUGACUCGGUCGACCCAAGCGCGUUUAAAGAGCGAAGAGAUGAGAUAAAAAAAUUAAGAAAGGCUGCUGGUGACCCUUCUGUUUUGGAAGGUGAGAAUGCAUACAGUGGUCCCUGGGCCAAUUAUGAUGACAAAGGUGAGUUAUCACCAUCUUCGGAAGAAGUUGAAGAAAUAGAAGAAGUCGUAGAAUAUACGAAUGAAAAUCAAGAAGAAGAGAAACGGGAUGCUACUCUGUCGACUACGCCGACUUAUGAAGAAAAAUCAGAAGCAAAGGAAUACUCUACUUUCCACAAAGACUCCCUUUAUGAUUACCAAAACAGAACUUAUCUUCAUGUUCCAACAGAUGUUGGCUUGAGUCUCAUUGGAACGCCUGGAGAACAGGUUUGCUACCUCCCUAAAAAACAUAUACAUACCUGGAAGGGACAUACAAAGGGAGUUUCUUGCUUAAGAUUUUUUCCAACAAGUGGCCAUUUAUUACUUUCAGGUUCCCUAGACUCGGAAAUAAAGAUAUGGGAUGUCUAUCAUGAUCGGUCACUUUUAAGAACAUUCCAUGGCCACCGAAAACCCAUUCGAGAUCUUUCGUUUAACCAAAGUGGUAGUUCCUUCUUAAGUGCUUCCUUUGAUAAGACAAUAAAGCUAUGGGAUACCGAAACCGGCAAAUGCCAGCAGCGUUUUGCUACCGGAAAACAAGCUCAUUGUGUUCGCUUUCAAGUGGACCCAGAAAGACCAUUCGAAUUCUUGGCCGGUAUGUCUGACAAGAAAAUACUACAAUUUGAUACUCGAGCUCCAGACAGUGUACAGUCGUAUACUCAUCACCUUGGAGCCGUAAAUUCAAUAACUUACUUAGAAAAUGGUAAAAGAUUUGUUACAACAUCCGAUGAUUCCUCCAUGCGCUUCUGGGAAUAUGGAACUCCUAUACCAAUCAAAUACGUGGCAGACAUUGGAAUGCAUUCUAUGCCCAGAGUUGCUCUUCGUCCCAAUGGUAAAGCAUUGGCAUGUCAAUCAUUGGAUAAUUGCAUUUAUGUUUAUUCCGCUGUCGAAAAGUAUCGACAGAACAAAAAAAAAUCUUUUCGGGGAUUCAACUGUUCUGGCUACAGUUUAGAGGUCGGAUUUUCUCCCGACGGUCGUUUUGUGUACAGUGGUGAUUCCUCUGGAAAUGCUUGCUUUUGGGACUGGAAAUCAUGUAAGUUGUUAUCUAAACUUCCAGCCCACAACGGUCCUGUACAAAGUAUGACUUUCCACCCUCAGGAAACUAGCAAGGUUGCUACCUCGUCUAUUUUGGAUGGAGUAAUUAAAUAUUGGGAUUGAAUUUAUAAUGAAUUUAAUAAAAGGAGUAUUUAUAUUUUUACCAAAGUUCGUUUUAUUUUUUUAAAAAAAAAUAGAACACUCAGAAUAAAUAAAUAUAUAAAUAUAUG